CAAACAGCAGCGAUGGCGGCAGUGACAGAGGCUGCGGGUGACUGGGGAUGGCCGCGGUUGUGAGGCGCCUCCUGCGCCUAACGAAAAGGUUGAGGGCGUGGCUCCGCAAAAGUCGAGCCGGACAGACAGGAGGCCCAGGGUUGGUCGCUCAGUCGCACGAGGGCCUCGAAAGGGCGCCGCAGCCGGACAUCCACUCGCAGGCCAGCGGCAGGAAAAUUUCCCCUGUACAGAAUCGCCGCGAAUUGAGCUGUGUCUUGGCCUGUACACCUGGGGCGGAGGCAGCGACGCUUCUUCUUGUUUCCCUGGCUGAGAGACCCGGGCCAUACCCUUCAGCUUGCGCUGCUAGAAGCCUUGACCCGUGAGGGGGUUGGAUUGAGCGUUGAAAUUGUACGUAAGAAAUAGAGGCAAGAGCUGAAGACUGAGGGCCGCACUGCAGAAGUAUCCUACUUGGUUCACUAAGGCGACAUUUCUCGGCGCCAAUUAAAAAGAGCCCCUUUCAUCGCCAUCCUGGUCUGGGGAUAAGAAACCCUUUCGUGCUCUAGGAACCGAGGAGCUCUACAGGAGGAAGAAGAGGCAUCUUCCAGUCCCCUGGGUCAAGGAGAGUAGUGAGGAGCUCUUGUGAGGCAACUGUGGGCUUGGCCAUGCAGAGGGGGCUUGCCUCGUCCCCGGAAUGAGACCCCUAGCCCUUUCCUCAGCCUUUCCCUUGCAGAUUUCCAUAUGCAAUGGAUACUGAUCUCAGUUCUCAGGACAGGAAGGAUCUGGACAAGUUCAUCAAAUUUUUUGCUUUAAAGUCUGUCCAAGUGAUUGUCCAGGCCCGACUUGGAGAAAAGAUCUGUACUCGAUCAUCAUCCUCGCCAACAGGCUCUGAUUGGUUCAACUUGGCAAUCAAAGACAUACCAGAAGUUACUCAUGAAGCAAAAAAAGCCCUGGCAGGACAGCUACCUGCUGUUGGAAGGUCAAUGUGUGUGGAAAUCUCACUCAAAACCUCUGAGGGGGAUUCCAUGGAGCUGGAAAUCUGGUGUUUAGAAAUGAACGAGAAGUGUGAUAAAGAAAUCAAAGUUUCCUACACUGUAUAUAACAGGCUGUCUCUGUUACUGAAGUCUUUGCUUGCCAUAACCAGGGUGACACCUGCCUACAGACUAUCAAGGAAACAGGGCCAUGAAUAUGUAAUAUUGUACAGGAUAUACUUUGGCGAAGUUCAGCUGAGUGGCUUGGGAGAAGGAUUUCAGACAGUCCGUGUUGGAACAGUGGGCACUCCAUUGGGCACCAUCACUUUGUCUUGUGCUUACAGAAUCAACCUGGCCUUCAUGUCAACCAGGCAGUUUGAGAGGACCCCACCUAUCAUGGGGAUUAUCAUUGAUCACUUUGUGGACCGUCCCUAUCCCAGCUCCUCACCCAUGCACCCCUGCAAUUACAGAACAGGUGGCGAGGAAACCACAGUAGCCUACCCAUCAGUAGAAGACUCCCAAGAAGUCUGUACCACCUCUUUCUCUACUUCUCCUCCAUCUCAGUGUGUUUUUACUGUUACUAAAGCACAUUUUCAGACUCCUCCUGUGGUGGUGGAUACCUUGAAGGGCCCUAUGAUGGGGCUGGCUUUUUCACAUCAACUCUCCAGCUCUCGUCUUUCUUAUCAGCCUGCAGCCCUGGGAGUUGGAUCCGCUGACCUGGGCUACCCAGUAGCCUUUGCUGGUGGCUUGAGUGCGGCACAUCCCCACCAGUUGAUUGUUCCAGGGAAGGAGGGUGGAGUGCCCCUGAUUCCCAGCCAGCCAGUGCAUGGCAGUCAGGCUGAGCAUGAGAGAAUGGUAAUGUGCACCCCAUUGGAGGGAGGCCAUUACUCUGUGGUUACUCCAUCUAGUAGUGAGGAUACAGAAACAAUAUCUAACAGCAGUGAAGGGAAAAGCAGUUCUCCACAUGAUCUCUUGGAGACUAUCUUUGUCAGGAAGGUGGGAGCCUUUGUCAACAAACCUAUCAAUCAGGUGACUAUGGCCAGUUUGGACAUUCCUUUUGCUAUGUUUGCUCCCAAGAAUAUUGAAUUGGAAGAUAAUGAUCCCAUGGUGAAUCCUCCUGAUUCCCCAGAAUUUGAAUCUCCUCUUCAAGGCAGUCUACAUUCGGUGGGCUCCAGUGGCAGCAGCGGUGGAAACAUCCAUGAUGAUUUUGUUAUGGUUGAUUUUAAACCAGCAUUUUCUAAAGAUGACAUUCUCCCAAUGGACCUAGGGACAUUUUACCGUGAAUUUCAGAAUCCUCCUCAACUUAGCAGCCUCUCAAUAGAUAUUGGGGCACAAUCCAUGGCAGAAGAUCUGGACUCGCUGCCGGAGAAACUGGCUGUCCACGAGAAAAAUGUCAAAGAGUUUGAUGCCUUUGUAGAGACGUUACAGUAAAGCUGCUCCUCUACUACAGCAGCAGUGAACUUCCUCUCGGACAUCCUGGAAGAGGGUGCCUAUAAAUUCUGCUUUCUUUAGUGUCUUGUUCUUCUUCCCCACCCUGUUCAUAUAAGCUCUGAUUGCUUUCUUAAGUCAGAUGCAGAUACAAUUCCAAGUGAUUUGGCAUUGGAAAGGGCAUAGCUUCUGUUCCUCCCGGUUUGGGGUUCAUGUCUAAUACAUAGUAUUAGGAAAUGAGAAGAUCAAGCUUUUUUCUCCUUUAGUUCUCUCAUCAGUGUAGAGAGAGAGACUGCAGUGCCUCUUCCUCCAUAUGUAUGGUUCUAGUAUUGAUUUUCACAGGGCCACAUUUAGUAAAACAAAUUAAAAAGAACAUUGAAUAUAAUAGUCCUGUGAGCCUUGGACAAUUGUCUGGUAUGAAUGCAAACACCAGUUCCGCAGAACUGGCCAGGCUCCUGUGAGUGCAGUUGUGACACAGAAGCAAGAGGCUAUUGUCUACUUCUAGUACCCUAAUCAAGACAGACAUAAUGCUGCAGAUAAGUGUUUGGAAACAGGAAGUGAGUGGGGCCUGUUUUCCUGCCUGAUGUUCAACUUGGAAUUAAUUCAUAAAAAGCUAAAAGGUGUUUUCCACAUCUUGCCUACUAACACAAUCCAAAUAAGGCCACAAACAGAAUCUGGGAUUUGAGGAAGAUUCAGUUCAUAGGCUCUGCCUAGAGUCAACAGUUGUAAAUAUGAAUUAGGAUCCUAAUUCUCUAGGGUUAUUUAAUUCGGGGUCUGUCUAAAGUUCCUUCCUUUCCCCACCUUAAAUUUUGCUGCUCUAUCAUAAAAUAAAUGAGAAAUAUUUAUUACUGUAAAGGAAACCUAUAUUUAAAGAAAAAUUGUAUGUGAUGUUUGUUACAUAGCCAUACAGGUUGCUCCAUCUUUUGUCACUUCAAGACUGCUGUACCGAACAACCUUAUCCCAUAGUAAAAGUACCCACCAUGGGAAAACCAGAACAAAAAUGGUUAUUCCAGAAAAGUGAUCCCUCCAGGGUCUUUGGUUUGCAUCCAGUGGAAAAUUUCUGCCAAUGACUGUUGGUGGGAGGCACUGUUUUUCAUCUCUCCCUUCAUGCUAUUGGCAGUCAUCUCCUGUCCCCCAGGAGCAGCAUUAUUGAGGCCAUAUUAGGCUUCAGUGGGAAGCAGAGAAACCCUGCUGCAUUGAUGGAAAUUUCUUCCAUCAGCAGAGAUUCUGCAUCGGAUCCAGCCCUUUAUUUCAACUCUGCCAUUUGGAAAUCUAUGACUGACAAAUAAUAUGCACAUGCUGGUGCAGCAGAGUUGCAGGCAGUUUCUAAAAAGCUUGUUUCUGACAUGUUUGUAAAAUAAGCUUGCUAUGACCUACAGUUAGCUAGAAAGUAUCUUGUUCAAGGAAGCACAUUUUUAAGAGGUUUGUGGCACUCUUUUUAAUCUGCUAGUUUUGGUUGGCUAAAAGUUUUAUUUUUGUAAUAGGCUUGCUGUUAAGCAAUGUGAUUGGCUGGCAUUGCAGAAUGUUUGAUCUGCCUGCUCUGUAUCCUUCACCAAAUGUGAGAUAGGGAAGAGAUAUGACCCUAAGCAUGAGCUCAGGGAUAAGUUGGACUCUGGGCACAAUCCUUUCUUCCCUUUCCCUAGCAAAAGCUAUCAAACCCCUUUCAGCCCUUCCAUACUCACGCCUAUUAACAUAGACUUUCUUAUGACUUGGACUUCUUUAGACUUGAAAGACUAUUGCAGCAUCCUGAUACAAACAGUGAGAUUUUAAUUUCCCCCACUACAUGGCUCAGUUCAUCAAGAUGAAAAAGGGUUUUGUUUGUGUUUUGUUUUUUUAAGAGAGAGGCAUUAUCUACUCAUGUAGCCUCUGGAGCAUUCUGCUCCCUGCUGCUACAUAGAAAUGAGCUUUGAAUUUUUGCCUUUUAGUUUGGUGAUGUUUUGUAUUGCCAGUUCUCAGACUGUAACAGGCUUCAGGCUUCUCUUAAGCAGAAUAAAGUGGUAUUUCAAAUUAUAUUUAAAACAGAUAAUGGAAAUGCUAUUACAUGGCACCCAAAGCACCCAUCUUUAAUAACUCACCGUCAAAUUCAGUUUCAAACCUAAGUAGCUGUCAUUACCAAGUGUGAUACCAACACUACUCUAAAAGGCUUUUAGUGAAUCUGCCAGAGAGAAAUGCUGCAAACCUGUUUGAUAAGUCUGCAUGCUUCUGGGGCCUUGACAAAUGCCUCAUCAUCAUAACCUGGCUGGAAUGUGAAUGCAAGAAAACUGUAUCCAUUCCCUGAUAGUUCAGAGAGGUGAAAGUUCUGGUUUAGACCUCAUCCUCAUCUAAGCAUAGUUCUGACAGCAGCCAGGGUACUCAUUCAGGACUUUAUGGAAUGUUGUGACAGCUGUAAGCUGGAAUGUUGUAAACUAGAUACAGGCAUACGUGCUGUAAGGAUCAAGUGAAGGCUGUAUCUUGUGCUGCCAAACUAGAUUGCUAUGUAUGUUACUUCGUCUUACUAGUCUGUCUUCCAAUAUCACAGCAUUGCCUCCGUAGUUCUGCCUUAUCUUCAUACCAAAAUGCUAUGACACAUGUUAGACACCACAACUGCUUGCCCAGAUGGUAUUCUAACUGCCCAGGCUGACAGCUGAAGCUCUCAGAGCAGAAUUACCCCCCAGGUACAACUGGUAGCAUUUAUUUCCAACACGUAUAAAUUUAUCUAUGCAUUCAGAACAUGAGAGUUGUAUGUAUUGCUUUCUAUGUGGUUUUCUGAAUGCUGGUACAUUGAUUGUUGUAAAUUAUUUUUCUGUUUUGCCUAGAUAAUGCAUUAGUUUAGCAGCCUAGAUCAGUCCUGCUGUAGAAGAGAUCCAGUUACUAUAGACAGAUAUUUUACUGACCACAUAAACCUAUUAGUGAGUUUAUAUGUAGCUGGUAACUUUAAAAUGCUUAGGGAGAAGGGUCCUAAACUACAUCUUUAGAAAUAAUUUCUAGAGUACAUCAACAUGUAUUCAUAUAACUUCCAAUAAAAUUUUAUGUAUACUAUUAA